AUGUUUCACUUAAUCAUAUACACAGAAGAGAACGUCAGCAACGUUAAACAGUUUUUGACCUAUUUUGAAAAUAUAUAUGAUCACAAUGGAAUCAAACUUUCAAAACAGUGUACUGAUAAGAGUAAUUUAGAAUAUGAUGAUAAUAAAAUUGACUCUUGGUUAUUUAAGGAAAAAGUUGAUAACAAGAAAACAAAGGAAAAAGUUGAUAACAAGAAAACAAAGGAAAAAGUCGAUAGCAAGAAAACAAAGGAAAAAGACAAUAUAGAAUUGAUGUACCAUUUAUAUGUAAGUAGAAGAAAGAUACACUAUUAUACCUCGAACUUCUUACAAUUGUACAUAAACAAUGCUAGUAACCUGGACUUAUACUUAAUCGAAAAGGAUGAAGAACCAUCCUUAGACGAUAUAAACGGGGCAGGUAAUAUGAUAGGAAGUAGUCAUAUAGAGAAUAAUGGAAAUUGCAACGAUGAUGUCAAUGGUCGAGCAAACGGCGGAGGUAGCGGUGGAGGUAGCGGUGGUGGUAGCGGUGGUGGUAGCGGUGGUGGACGAAUAAACGGCGGCGGCAAUUCCAAUGGCCGUAAAAAAGAGAAAAAAGAAAAAAGGGUUAGUAAAGAAGAUCAAUGGAGGAACUGCGAUCCAGUUAAUGAUUAUACCCCUGUUGAAAUUAAUUUACCACUACAUAGAUCCCACAUGUUAUUUCUUCUAACCUUACCCAUGUACUUUUCUUUUUAUGAUUUUUUUUCUCUUAUACAUGACUAUUUCGAUUUCAUCGUUCAAGUAAAAAUUUUUUAUGUAAAAAGUAAAUUUUCCUUUUUAAAAAAGAAUGUUUUACUUUUACCAUUUGAUGAUACAAGCCACUUUUCAAAAGGGGGGAUGGUUGUACCUCCUUUUUUAAAUUAUGUUCACAGUGGUUAUAGCAGUUACGGUAGUUUCAUCGAUAAGGGUAAGGAAAAGUUUAUAAAUGGGGAAGAUCAGAAGAAUGAAAAAAAAAUGAAAAUAAAAAAUAAUCAAGAAAAGGGUAAAAAUAAGCGGGAAAAAACAGAAACAAAAAUUAGACCGCGAGUGAGUAGAAAUAUAGAAGAAGCGGAAGAUAAACGUGAAGAUCAUUCGAAGAAUGAAAAUAAUUUUAGUUAUAAUAAUCUUUACGAUAAUGUGAAUGAGUUUAUGGGGCACAGAUAUAACUUGAAUAACUCAUCUAGCGACAAAUAUCCCCUUGAAGGGGAAGAAAAAGGUAGACAAAACAAUUUUAAUAAGAAAAGAGAAAAGCACCUCCGUAGGGGUUUCUCCAGUAGUGGGGGUAGCUGUGGUCUUAGCGGAAUCAGUAACAGAAGCAGUAGUAGAAGUAGCAGUAGUAGUAGCAGUAGCCGUAGCAGUAGCCGUAGCAGUAGCCGUAGCAGUAGCCGUAGCAGUAGCCGUAGCAGUAGCCGUAGUAGUAGCAGUAGCAGUAGUAGUAGUGAUGAUCGCAGUGGGGGGUGCACAGAUGAGGAACGACGAGGGGGCAGUUCUUCACAGGAAUUCCCCAACUCACAGGAAGGAAUGCAAAGUUACUCUAAAAUGGUAAAUGGUACAGCGAGAAGGUGUUCAGUGGAGUUAUCAAACCGUCUCUAUAUGAACAGCUGUGAUGAUUAUGUACCAUCAGAAUGUAUAGUUAAUAGAUUAUAUGAUGGGGAGUCUAACUAUUUAACGAGCGCUUCCUUACACACAGACCUGAGUGAAUGUACUACAAAUAAUUUCAUAACAGAAAGAAAUAAAUACUCAUUCAAAAGGCGUAAUGAAGCGAAUAAUGGAAAAUCUAGUGCUCUGUUAAGAUAUACCACUUCUAAUAUGAUAGAUGGAAAUGGAAAACAGCGAAAAAAAGGAUAUAAUGAUAAGUCUUCAUACAAUAUAGAAGAACGUAUACACAUGUACAAAAAGAUGUAUAAUAUUGUAAUGAAAAAUUUAAAAAAAAAAAAAAUAAUAGAAUGUUACUCUGUAUUAAUUAUAUUCAAAACACAGAUAUAUGCAGAUAUGUUUUAUAAAAAUUUUCAUUGUAAAAAUUUAAAGUUAUGGAUGAAGGAAAAGAAGAAAAUGCAAACAUCUAAUUUUAAUUAUCAUAUUUUUGAAAAUUGGUAUAUAUACUUCGUAUUUGUUAACUCCGUAUAUUAUAUAGUUCAGAAUGCAUAUGAUUCUAAGGAGAUAAAUACUGACUGCUCCACGAAAGAACAGACACACACUUGUACGUUAGGUGCUUCAGUAAAAAAGGAGGACUACUCUGAGAUCGGCGGUAACAUAAACCAGAACGUGUGCAGAAAUGUAAGUACCGAUGUAAGCAUCGAACUAAUCAGCAGGGUAAACCCCGAGGAAAGUCGUGGAAGGAGGGGCGAACUGAAUAAUAAACCAAAUAGGGGAGAUGCAAUACUGGAUAGUCAUGUCAAAAAGAACGAAAAUGUGGAAUGCUAUAGCUACAAAAUAGAGGAUAUCAGGGGAAGAGAUUCCCACGAUUCACAUACUGAUGGCACUUUUGUAGAUAGAAAAAAUGAUGAAAUUUGUAUAGCCAAGAAAAAAAAAAAAAAAAAAAAAAAAAAAAAGAGAAGGAGAAGGAGAAGGAGGAAGAGAAGGAGAAGGAGGAAGAGAAGGAGAAGAAGGAAGAGAGGAAGAGAAGAGAGGAGAAGGAAGAGAAGGAGAAGGAGAAGAGAAGAAGGAGAGAAGAAGGAGAGAGAAGGAGAAGAAGGAAGAGAAGGAGAAGGAGGAGAGAAGGAGAAGAAGGAAGAGAAGGAAGAAGAAGAGAGAAGAGGAAGAGAAGGAGAAGAAGGAAGAGAAGGAGAAGAAGGAAGAGAAGGAGAAGGAGGAAGAGAAAUAGCAAGAGGAAGUGAAAUAGCAAGAGGAAGUGAAAUAGCAAGAGGAAGUGAAAUAGCAAGAGGAAGUGAAAUAGCAAGAGGAAGUGAAAAGGAAAAAAGUUUUACAAACAAUAACAUAUUGAAUGAAAGAGAUUCGUUGAAUGACAUUUCCAGUACACAUCUUUUCGACAUAAACGAUUAUGAAAAUUUCCUCAGUACCAUUAUUGUAGAUUCAAAUGUAUGCAUAUCUACCUGCCUAAUAUGUAUAGAACGGCUAGAUAAUGAAAUGUAUUUUAUAUUAACAAGAAAUAAAAAAUGGAACUAUAUUAAAAGAAGAAAUGAUAACUAUUAUGAGUUUAUCAAUCUGUCAUGCAACGUGUGUACUAUGAUCUUUUUUUAUGAUAUUGUUUCGAGGCUGAUUAGUAGCUACUCUUUGGCUGAAAUGACAAAGGACCUUUAUCUGGGCGGUGGUGAGAACGACAAUAACGUAAUGCUUCGAACAUGCCUAGGGGGCGAAGGGAAGCCUCCCCAGGAAGAAACACAACAUAAAAAAGUAGAUCCGAGAGAAGCACAACAGAGAGAAGUAGAUCCGAGAGAAGCACAACAGAGAGAAGUGGAUCAGAGAGAAGCACAACAGAGAAAAGUAGAUUCGAGAGAAGCACAACAGAGAGAAGUGGAUCAGAGAGAAGCACAACAGAAAAAAGUAGAUCCGAGAGAAGCACAACAGAGAGAAGUAGAUCCGAGAGAAGCACAACAGAGAAAAGUAGAUUCGAGAGAAGCACAACAGAGAGAAGUAGAUUCGAGAGAAGCACAACAGAGAAAAGUAGAUCCGAGAGAAGCACAACAGAGAGAAGUGGAUCAGAGAGAAGCACAACAGAAAAAAGUAGAUCCGAUAGACGCACCGAUUGGCACCCCCUCUCACCAAACACACUACAAAGGACUCUCAAAAAAAAAGGAAAAUAAAAUACGCAAAAUAUUAAAAGUGAACGAACUAAUGACCACGUUAAAAUGCAAGCACUGUAAUAACACGGACGAUAUAUGGUUAUGUUUGAUUUGUUCGAAUAUAGGAUGCGGGAGAUAUCAAAAGAGUCAUGCUAAGAUACAUAGUGCCAAGUACAAUCAUCAUUAUUGUAUUAAUUUGAAAACAAAGAAAAUAUGGAGCUAUAUACAAGAUUCAUUCAUAGAAGAGAAAUUAGAAAGACAGAGUGAACAGAGAGAAGGUGCAAGGUAUAUCUUCAAUUCAGACCAUAGCGAUUACAAUAAUAGCGUCUACUACUAUGCAGAUCAUUAUAUAAACGAUGAAUUACAUAGGAACAUAAACGGUAUUCAAAAUGGUGUUCUAAACAAUGUUCAACAUUCCAACGAAGGAUUAUUCAACGAAACAAUAGAUUUCGUUGUAGACACAUUGUAUGACUAUAACAGUCAUAUAUAUUAUAAAAUAGUGGAUAUAUUUGCAAAUGAUAUAUACAUAAGUGAUAGUCUAAAAAACGAGCUCUUAUACAUUCUCUACUCACAGUUAUCAUAUGAGUCAAAUAUUUAUAAUAACGCGCUAAUUGAGCUGCAAUAUAAAUAUCUAAAUAAUUUUGAACAAAAGAAAAAAGUAGUAAAAAAUGUUAAUGACAAAAUAAAUGAAAUUAAAAAUCAAAAUAAAGAAAUGGAAUCGUUUCUUCGUUCCAUUGAUAAGUCUAUAAAAGCUAAAAAUAAUGAAAAAAUGCAAAUACAAGAAAAAAUUAAAUUCUUCCGGGAUCUCAACAGCAAUAUAAUAACUCAGAUGAAGUGUCAAAUGGGUCAAGCAGUGGGAAGUACAGAACAGGUGGGAAAAACAGAAGGGACCAUAGGACAAAGGAGAAAAGAACGAAAGGGCAAAGAACAAAAGGGCAAAGAAAACAACAAGGGAGAAGACAAUGAUACCAAGAAAAUAAAAAGAUUGGACGAAACUAUAACAAACUUACAGGCGCAAGUGGACAAUUUGUUGAAAGACUUAUAG